AUGCGCGUCCACGAGCGAAAGCAGGUCGAUUUGAGGGAAGUAUGCACGAUCGUGGAUUAUCAUCAUUUUAUAGGCGGCGUGUAUGGUGACGAAACAUCUGGAGUCAGUUACGCUACCCACAUGCUCGGCAUCUCCAAACCGAGUACCAGAGUCGCGACUCCCAUCCAUCUUUUUACGGCUGAAUGUGGUGCCCGGGGCUGGAGGAUGUGGGGCGUCAACACCGAUGGCAGCACAGCCGACGUCACGGGGCCCAAAGUUAUCGUUGACGCACUCGUACACUGUAUCGAUCGCGCAUCUGGCCGUGAUGCCGUGCACGAUCCAGAUACUGAGAAUGACCUCCGACAGAAAGUCACCCAGUACGAAGCGCUGAACAAGAUGAGUGGUUUGAAGAGCGAGGAUCACCUUGACUGGAAGUGGGCAGAGCAAGAAUUAAAAAGAAGGCACAAGGCCAUGAACGUGUUUGGAAAUUGCGAGACGGAGCCAAACAAGAAAGGCGGACAGAAGGAUAAUGGAACGGGAAAUGAGAAUUGGGAGUAUAUGGGGGAGGACAGGACACGCGUUCUUCGGCAGGCUGAGGGCGCGACAAUUGCCUCGGCUGCAUCCUCUUGGGGCUUCGAAGAUGCUACAGUUGCGAUUUCAGGCAAAGGUGCUGGUGUAGGUGGUGGCUCUAAGCAGCAGUUGAGCUCUUCUACACCAUUAUCGAAAUCCGUGUCGUUAGGCGCAACCGACUCGUUGAAGCUACUUCUUACCACCGUCGAUGGGGAGACAGCGAAGCGGCCACACCAGGCCUUCCUCACUUUGACGGAACCGACUACCGGCUUGGAAGAGUCGUUUGUGUUCAGCAUCAAGGAGAGCGGUAAAGGAAAGGUCGAUUUGACCCAAAAGGACCUACCUCACCAAUUCCUCACCUCCUCGAAGCCAAUCAUCGCAUCCAUUGUCAUUGGGUCUUUUGGCGAAUCUACGCCCUACAAGCGCAAGGUUUUCAACCUCAACGUGUCCCGCGAUGCCAAUGUCCCGCUCGCUGUUCCGGAGCCACCCGUCCGCUACGCUGCGGAGUCGGAGAUCCACCACAUCUUCCGUGAGGACCCUCGCUCGCCCCCCAAGAUCAUAACAGUAGUGUUUGCUGCGGCUGUCGCUGCGGCGUUCCCUGUAUUAUUGGGUGUGUGGGCAACCCUGGGCGCAAAUGCAAACCACAUAAGCAAAGCAUUGGGUGACGCACCUGUGUCGCAUGCACUUUUCUAUGGCUCCAUUCUGUCCAUGGAGGGUAUCUUUUUCCUGUACUACACUAGCUGGAACCUCUUCCAGACUCUGCCCGCGGCUGCUAUCGUCGGAUUUGUUGCUUUCCUGAGUGGUAGCAGGGCACUGUCUGAGGUUCAGGAGCGCCGUCUGGCUGGCCUGAGAUGAGAUGGUCAGGAGUCUCUUAUCACAAUGAUUAGAUUUGAUGCUUUGCAUAUCUAUGUAUCAGAGUCUGGAAAGAGCAGCAUGUUAAAAAGCACUUGACAUUAUUUUCUGGAGACUGCCCUAGAUAGUCGGGGCCUCUAUUGUAGUGAGACACUGUAU